CAUUCUGACGGUGAAGGUUUUGCCCGAAUCCCUGGAGUAAUGUCCGCUAUUUUCUAAAGAUUUUUGAGGGAAACGGGCAGUGUUUUUUUUUGAGUGCUCAAGCUUAUUGCGAAGAUGAUUGGUGGUGUGUUUGUGUACAAUCACAAAGGAGAAGUCCUUAUUUCCCGAGUUUUCCGCGACGAUAUUGGACGAAACUGUAUCGAUGCAUUUCGUGUCAACGUGAUUCACGCACGUGGCUUGGUCCGUUCCCCUGUCACGAACAUUGCUCGUACCAGUUUCUUUCAUACGAAACGCGGCAAUGUAUGGAUCACGGCCGUGACGAGGCAAAACGUCAAUGCUGCCAUGGUGUUCGAGUUCCUUUUUAAAGUUGUCGAGGUUAUGCAAUCAUAUUUUGGCAAACUAACGGAGGAAAACAUUAAAAAUAAUUUUGUUCUUAUUUAUGAAUUAUUGGAUGAAAUCUGUGACUAUGGCUACCCCCAGAAGACCGAUACGUCCAUUUUGAAAACGUUCAUCACUCAACAAGGAAUAAAAACGCAAACUCGCGAAGAACAAGCCCAGAUUACCAGUCAAGUGACCGGACAGAUUGGCUGGAGACGCGAGGGAAUCAAAUAUCGCCGCAACGAGUUGUUCCUUGACGUGUUGGAGUCUGUGAAUUUAUUGAUGUCUCCUCAAGGUCAGACAUUGAGUGCGCACGUGAGUGGUCGUGUUGUUAUGAAGAGUUACCUUUCUGGGAUGCCCGAAUGUAAGUUUGGAAUGAAUGAUAAACUGUUGUUGGAAAAACAAGCGAAGCCAUCAACAUCCGAAUCUGCUGCAGCUGCUGAAGCUAGCUCGAAAAGGAAUACUUCAAGUAAGAGCGGAAUUGCUAUCGAUGAUUGUACUUUCCAUCAGUGUGUAAAGUUGAGUAAAUUUGAAACGGAGAGAAGCAUUAGUUUUGUUCCUCCUGAUGGCGAGUUUGAAUUAAUGAGAUAUCGUACGACCAAAGACAUCAGUCUCCCAUUCCGUGUAAUACCCUUAGUGCGUGAGGUUGGCAAAACUAGAAUGGAGGUGAAAGUCGUCCUUAAAUCCAACUUCAAACCAUCCAUUUUGGGACAGAAGAUUGAGAUUCGCAUUCCAACACCCCCAACAACAGCUGGAGUUCAGGUCGUAUGUAUGAAAGGCAGAGCUAAAUUCAAGUCUAGCGAGAACGCGAUUGUUUGGAAGAUCAAGCGAAUGGCUGGAAUGAAGGAAUCCCAAAUAAGCGCCGAGAUUGAGCUUAUGCCAGCGAAGGAAGGCAAGAAAUGGGCGAGACCACCAAUAUCGCUUAAUUUCGAGGUUCCGUUCGCUUGUUCUGGCCUCAAGGUGCGCUACCUCAAAGUCUUCGAACACAAGUUGAAUUACAGUGAUCAUGACGUCAUCAAGUGGGUGAGGUACAUAUCUCGCAGUGGGCUGUACGAGACUAGAUGUUGAUAUCAGUCAAACUAAAAUUCAUUCAAUCACGAUAUAGUGAGGUCUAUCAUUGAAAGAUAGACAAGCAUUUUACGUUUAUGCUAUAUUUACAAUUCUACUCUUUCAUUACUUAGUAAUAUAGUGUGUAAUAAGCAA